AUGCGGACUACUGCCCUGCUUACUCUUGCCAACUUCGGCACAGCCUUUGCUGCUGUACAGGUCUACGGCCAAUGCGGUGGCAGCGCUUACACUGGAGAUACCGAGUGUCCCUCAGGUUCUUCAUGUGUCGAGGCGAGCAAGUGGUACAGUCAAUGUAUCCCCAGCUCCAAGGGCGCUUCCUCUUCUACAAAGGCUGCUUCUGUUGAGAAAUCCGAUUUCGAGUUUCCCAACUUUGGAUUUCCCGCGGCUCCUGAAUUACCUGCAGCUGACGAUAGCAACCAGGGGAAUGGGGGUGCUGUUUUCCCUCCUGCUUUCCCUUCUCCUGAGGACGACUCUAGCGAUGAGCCCAUUGAUACUCCUGUUGAUACUCCAGUUGAUGCUCCUAUUGAUGCCCCAGUUGCUGGCCCUACCGAUGCUCCCAACAGUGAGCCUGUUGCUGAUGUUCCUGUCACCACUCCCACAGCCGGCUCAGGCUCAGGUUCAGGCUCAGGUGGCAUUCAACGAACCAUCCCUGCAUCUAGCGGUGCUACUGCUGUUGCCACCGCUAUCCCUGUGUCUGGUGAGCUCGACGGUGGUAUGGCCUACUACGACCGAUCCCCCGCCGUGUGCAAGGACCAGGAAGAGACUGGCGAAGCCGAUGCUAUGUUCAUCCUCGAAGACGGCGCCACUCUCCGCAACGUCAUUAUCGGCCCCGGCCAGGCUGAGGGUGUCCACUGCAAAGGCUCUUGCACUCUCGAGAAUGUCUGGUUCGAGGACGUCUGCGAGGACGCUAUUACUCUGAAGCAAAAGUCUGGAACUUCCGUCAUCCGUGGCGGCGGUGCUUUCCACGCCUCCGACAAGGUAGUCCAAUUCAACGGCCGCGGCACUGUUGAGAUCUCCGACUUUUACGUUGAGGAUUACGGCAAGCUGGUCCGAUCUUGCGGUAACUGCAAGGAUAACGGCGGACCCCGAAACGUUGUCAUCGAGAACAUCGCUGCUGUGAAUGGCGGUGUCCUUUGUGGUAUCAACACCAACUAUGGCGACACCUGUACUAUCUCCAACGCCUGCCAGGAUGCAGGCAAGAACUGCGAUCUCUUUGAGGGCAACUCUGACGGCAGCGAGCCUACUAAGCUGUCCAGCGGCCCUGACGGCACUUCUUGCAAGGUUGACAGCUUUGCUGAGACCUGCUAG